AAUGCCUCACAAACUCGCUGUUCUUCCUUCCUCCCUUCCAUACAAAUGGCCAACGCCGUCGCUCCCACAGCCGAUUCAACCCCCUCCACCGCCGCCGCCGCCGCAGCCACCUCCUCCUCCUCCUCCGCCAAGCGCCGCAAGGUGGCCGACCACGACCGGGACCGCCCCCACCAGCCGCCCUUGCUGCCCGGGCUCCCCGACCACAUUGCCCGCCUCUGCCUCGCCCGCGUCCCCCCUUCCCUCCUCUUCUCCGUCUGCCGCUCGUGGCGGCGCGUCAUCUACGCCCCCUCCUUCCCUCCCUUCCUCUCCCUCUACGCCCUCCUAUCACCCUCUUCGCCCCAGGAGCCGUCGCUGCCUCCGUCGUCCUCCUCGUCGUCGCCGUCGCGGUCGCUCCCGACCGAUCAGCACCACCUGAGCAACGUCGAGUUCGCCACCUUCGACCCGAUCGCCGCCCGGUGGCGCGCGCUCCCCCCGCCGGCCCCCGACGCGCCGCUCCGCCUCCUCGUCAGCCACCCCUCCUUCCUCUCCUGGCGCUUCCCCAUCCAGACCGUCUCCGUCGCCGGGAAGCUCGUCCUCCUCGCCGCCACCGCCCGCAACUUCUUACCGGCGAUAUCGCGCCCGCUCAUCUUCGACCCGAUCGCCCGGAGGUGGGCCUCCGGCCCGCCGUUCACCGCCCCCCGGCGGUGGUGCGCCGCCGGGGUCCUCGGCGCCGCCGUCUACGUGGCGAGCGGGAUCGGGUCCCAGUUCAGCACCGACGUGGCGAGGUCGGUCGAGAAGUGGGAUCUCAACACGUCCGGCAACAGAAAUCCCGGCACGAGGAAGAAAGACGAGAGCGCGAAUUGGGAGUGGAGGAAAUUGAAAAGGCUCAAAGACGGGCGGUUUUGCAGGGACGCCAUCGAGGCCGUCGGGUGGAGAGGCAAACUAUGCAUGGUCAACGUGAAGGGCCACGCCGCGAAGCAAGGGCUCGUCUACGACGUCGCCGCCGACGCGUGGCAGGAGAUGCCGGAUGGGAUGAUCGGGGGCUGGCUCGGCCCCGUCGCGUCCAUGGACGAGGACGUCAUCUACGUCGUCGACGAGGUCAAGGGCGUCCUCAGCCGGUACGACGAGGGGCGCGACCGCUGGGACGAGGUCAUGGCCUCGGAGAGGCUCCGCGGGGCCCAGCACGUCGCGGCAGGGGGCGGCCGGGUCUGCGUCGUGUGCGGCGGGGAGGACGGCGGGAUCGCGGUGGUCGACGUCGCGGCCUCCCCGGCGAGGCUCUGGGUGGUGGACCCGCCACCGGCGGUGCAGGCCGUGACCGUCCACGUCCUGCCCCGGAUGAGCGGCGGCGGCGGC